AUGCUUUCGCUCCUGCGUCUCGUUUCUUCGGCCUUGCUGGCCGCCCCGCUGCUGGCCUCGGCCGCCCCUCCCGAGGCCGCCACCGAGCAUGUGAAGGCGCGCCUCGUCAGCAGCCAGGCCACGGUGGCGCCGGGGCAGCGCUUCACGGUCGCGUUCGAGCAGACCAUCAAGUCGCACUGGCACACCUACUGGCUCAACCCCGGCGACUCCGGCCAGGCCACCACCAUCGACUGGACCGGCACCCAGGCCGGCCCCAUUCAGUGGCCGACACCGUCCGUGCAGGCCAUCGGCCCCAUCAAGGGCAGCUUCGUCGCCACCAAGGACUACGCGCGGCUGGCGCGGCGGCUGCCCGCGCUGCUGGCGCCGGGCGGGCUGGCGCUGCUGUGCCUGAACACGCCGAAGCUGGGGUUGGAUUUCCUGCGUGGCGUGAUGGCGGAGCACGCGCCGGAGCUGGCGUUCGUGGCGCGCGUGGCGAACCCGGCCGCGUUCGGGGAUGCGUCGCAGGACCGGGGAUUGAAGGUGCUGGCCUACGCAGCCCCGCAAGACGCGGCUGCGCGCUGA